CGUAUAUACAGAUUUCAGCCCCCAACAAGACUUGCACUCGUGCUAGCAUUUUAUAUUCACUGCCCGCGCUCUCAAUCCCAACCCAUCGAUUCAACCAGACUCGUGUUGACCAACACCUUGAAUGGAUGCCAGCGACCUGAGCACCGACUGUCCGCCCACAGCAGCACCAUGGUCUCGCUCGAGCAGAUGCGGGCAUCCAAUGCCCAGUUGAAGACGGCCAUGCCCGCCGGCCUGGUCGCCGUCUUCGCGGGCGCCACCAGCGGCAUCGGCGAGUCGUCUCUCAGACAGUUUGUGAAGAACACCGUGCGGCCGCGCAUCUACUUCCUGGGGCGGUCGAAGGAGUCGGGGGCCCGCGUCAGCGCCGAGCUCAAGAGGCUGAAUCCCGACGGGGAAUACCACUAUCUCAGCGUCGACGUGAGUAGCAUCAAGGCGGUGGACAAGGUCUCUCUGGAGAUCAAGGAAAAGGAGCAGGCCAUCAAUCUCCUGUUUCUGUCCAUUGGGACCAUGGUUAGUGGCAAAGACACAGAAGAAGGCCUGCACUACCCUGUGGCCGUAUCGUACUACGCUCGCAUUCGCCUGGUGGUUAACCUUCUGCCCCUCCUUCGGAGGGCGACCGAGCUGCGGCGCGUUGUAAGCGUCUUUACCGCAACCAAGGAAGGCCGGAUCGACACAAACGACUUCCAGGCCCGCCACGUCCCCGUGCUCUCGCAGCGGGGCCACAUAAGCUCUACCAUGACCCUCGGCCUGGAAGCUAUUGCCAAGGAGGCCCCCGAGGUGUCCUUCAUCCACGACUUCCCUGGCGCCGUGAAGACGAACCUGGGCAAGGACGUCAAGUCGGUGCAGAUGACCGUCCUGACGGCCGUGUUCAAGGUGAUCGGGCCCCUCGUGACGAUCCCGAUCGACGAGGCCGGCGAGCGCCAGCUCUUCUUCGCGACGAGCGCGCGGUUUCCCCCGCGCGAGGCCGGGGUGGCGCCAGCCGCCGGAGUGCCCCUGGCGCCGGGCGUCGGCGUCGCCCGCGGCACCGACGGCAAGGCCGGCAGCGGGGUGUAUUCCAUCAGCAUCGAGGGCGAGAGCGCGAAGCCCAAGGUGGAGCAGCUGCUCGCUGAGUACCGCAGGGAUGGCACGCUGCAGAAGGUGUGGGAGCACACGGAGGGCGAGCUCGUGCGCGUCACCGGGGCGGCUUCUGUCUGAGAUGGAUGCCUCGGAUGCCGAGACGCUUCGUUGCUGGCAGACUUCUGUCUGUUAGGGUUGUUGGGUGGGUUGGCUUCGCGUGUUGUUGGAGGCGUUGCGGCACGGUGAGCAGCAGGAGCUUACGAUGCCGGGAGUUUGGUUGAGACAUCAUCGAUGCACUAUUUAGACUACUUCGGAAAACGGAGCUGGAAUUCAUCACUUGCCUGGUUAUUUCCUCUUGAUGGAGAAGCUCAAUCACAACUUGCAAUCG